AAUUUUUUUGAAGAAAAUAUGGAUGACUAUUGACUAAAAUUUUGUCAAAUAUGGACGAAGUCUCGGAAAACAUGAGCUCCCAGUUUAGGAUGGAGUGUGGAAACCAUACUGAUGAAGAUUUGGAACUUAUUUCUAGCUUCAACUACUGGCUGGAAGGAGUGCUUAUGAUAAUAGUUGGAAUAUUUGGCUUGGUCGGAAAUAGUGUCAGCAUUCUUGUACUGGCAUCCAGGGAGAUGAGGAACAGUUUCAACUAUUUUCUUAUUGUCCUCAGUACUACUGACAACCUCUUCAUAUUCAUCACACUCCUGGACUACUCAUUCACUAGAGUGUUCUCCUGGCCGAUAGAUUUUGAUAGUGAAGUGUACGCGAUCUUCUUCCCCCGGGUGUUCUAUCCGCUCAACAACAUCUCCAUGACGUUGUCUAUCUUCCUCGUCAUGGUCAUCACACACGAGAGGUAUAUAGCAGUGUGUCACCCUCAUGCCUACAGGCAAAACGAGGCGGAAGGUGGGGGAACCCGUGUACUCAUCUGUACAUGUAUAGUUCUCAUACCAGCAAUCAUCAUUAACAUUCCAAAGUUUUUCGAGACAGAGUUGACUUUUGAGGACAGUGUUGACAAUGAAGGACUCUUUAACAACUACACAGUCUCGUACGAUGUUACAGAUCUGAGGAAGAAUCCAAACUAUAUCAGAUUUUAUGUAAACUGGUGUCUUCUCGUUUUCACUGGUAUCAUUCCUCUUGCUUUCCUCCUCUUCUUCAACUACAAAAUCUUCCAAGGAAUUCGUUACACCCACGCUCGCUGCCGUAAAUCUCGCUCUGGAGAGAUAAACUUGGCCGCCAUCUUGGUCUGUAUUGUAGUCGUCUUUGUAGUCUGCAAUCUGCUCAGGGUUGUUCUGAACGUGUUUGAAUUGUUCUGGUUGGAUAACAUAUUCAGAUGUGGAGAUGAAUUCAUGCACGCUGCUUGGUUUCACUGCCUCAACAGUAUCAGCCAUCUUCUUCUAGUGUUGAACUCUUCUUCAAACUUCCUGAUCUACUGCAGUCUUGGAACUAAUUUUAAGUUAGUUCUUAGGAAGGUCUUUAACAGGAUUUGUCGAGUAAAGGAGAGGACAAAUCUUGAAACUAAGCAGAAUGAUAUGGAUAUGGAUAUUCUUGGAGUUGCAGAGCAAACUGUCCAGAAUAUAAACGCUAUCUCAGCUGUCUCAGCUGUCUCAGCUGUUCACAGUAAUGGAAUAAUUGAAACCUCUUUGUAAAACAAAUGUUCUAUGGUCCGAAGUGUAAAGGGCUGUAAACUCCGGCUCAUUUCAAGAAGCGACAUCGAACCCACUGUGAUCUUGCCAAGCUAUGAUUGUUACAUACAACGUGUGCUGGGUCGACUCUACACUUGGUAGUCCAGACUGGACAUUACUACUCAAUGCAUUUAUAUUGCAUGUUGUAUAACCUGGUAGAGCUGCAAGCUGUUUAGUACACAUGGAAACAAUUUAAGGCAAAAUCGACUAAUCAAAGAAUUGAAACGGUAAAGAUAGUUAUUUCAGAUGUGUAAGCAUUUUUUAGUACUGCUGUGAACCGUUGCUGGGCAAUAAAGUAAACAUAAGACGGAUGUCACACAAAAAAUCAAUGAAAUAUUCUGGUCAUAGGAAACUAUUAUGUGAAUUAAAACAAUUUUCAAAAUUAAAUGCUUUUAACCACCUUGAAUACUAAACGACCACUGAUGCAUCUAUUCUUGUUUACAAACACCGCCCACAGAGAACUGGUUUCAAUAUGUACGCAGAGAAUACGCAAAAGCAGUAAACUUUCCUAGUCUUUUUACCUUGCGCUCAAUGAACAAUCCCAUUUUAGCGAAAUUUCUGUGUCUGCAGAAACAACAUUUUGCACAGACAUUUUCUGCACGGUGACUGGUGACUAAAAGAGUGUAUGCAAGGGACAAUGCUGAAUUCUGUCAGGCUGACAUGCUAAUGCAUAGAAUUAACAUAUUUCUCACUCUGAACUAGACAGAAGGAGAAGGUAAGAUUUGAGCAACAUCACUGGUACGACUUUGUGAUCUCGUAUCUCCUCUAGUUUAGAUUUAACGCACAAGUAUGUGAAAAACAAACUUAUUCAAUUACGUACCAGAUAUUCAGAUUUUUUGUUAUUCUCAAUAUCUCUUUAUUGAGAGAAGUUAAAUCCAUACUUUAGAUCCAACAAACUUAAAAAUUAAUUUUCAACAUUAAGGUUGAACAUCAAGAACGGGUUAGUUUGUGUACGUAUUUAUGUACUGUAUGGAAUACAAGAGUUUUAAGUGGUGCGAAGCACUCUUACUUCUUUUUUGUUUGACUUUAUUUAAUGGUCUUUUUCGCAGUAAAUCAAUUGCUUCACAAUUGUGAAUGUUACAUUUAAUUGAAAAUGUUUUCAGUCAAAUAAGUUUUUCUUUAUUGCAUAAUGUCAAAAUUUAGUACACGUGAAAUUGUGCACGAUAUAGAGCAAGAAGGGUUUUUUCUACAACUUUUUUUUAUAUUAUCAAUAAUUUUUAAAAGUUUCAAUCUUUUAAUCAAGUAAAGACGUAUGCAAUGCAUUUAUGUCGCCUGUAAAUAUUCAGAGAAAAGGUAAUUUAGAAUUUUUCAUAAACUUUCCAUCUAUCAAAUUAUAAAACUUAGAGCU